AUUAAAACAGAUAUUCUUGAUCGCAACAUUUUCACGCCGAACCUCCUAGAGAGGGAUUGGAUUGAUACCUGCUUUUGAAAAAAGACAGGGCAUCCUCUCCGUCUUUUAGAGUCUACAUCACAGAAAAUUGUCACUCCUCUUCUAAUGUUUACCAACUGUGGAAGUGACAGACCGACAAAAAUAAAAACAUUAAACGUUUUCUCCACAUGAAUCUAAAUCGAUUACCAAUUAGAAAUAUAACCACUAACUUAUCUGAGAGAUAAGUACUGGAAUAUUGAUCCAAAUAGUUCGUACUCAGGUAGUGCUGUGGGUGGUGACAGUCAAGAAUUGAAAUGAGGCCUGAUUGGAUACCAAAGGAUAUUUUCGUUUAUAUUGCAGUUUUCACAGCUCAUCUCGGAGUAUUCCUGAAUGGUACCUUCAUCGCUUGGACUUCACCUGUACUGGUGAAACUAACAGAGCUCCACGAUAAUCCACUGGGCAGAGUUAUUACCAACUCGGAACAAGGAUGGAUAGUAUCGAUAGGCGUCCUCGGCAACUGGUUUGGUUCCUUCAUAAGUGGUAUUCUAGCCAAAAACUACGGAAGAAAAACAGCACUUAUCAUCAUGAGCAUUCCUAUCCUAAUAUCCUUCGCUAUGCUCUUGGUAGCAGAUAGCAUCUGGAUUAUACUUCUAGCAAGGAUAGCUGGUGGAAUCACUUGUGGAGGAAUGUUCACCGUAGAUCCAAUGUAUUUCGGAGAAAUAGCAGCGCCGAAGAACAGAGGUCUACUGGGUGGAGCAAUAAACUUCUUUCUGAAUAUAGGUAUCCUCUUCGUAUUAUGCAUAGGACCGUACACUUCAUAUUUCUGGCUACAUGUCAUUCUGAUCGUUUGCCCAAUCUUCUAUAUGGUUGUUUUGCUUCUCUUUGUGCCCGAAACUCCGUAUUAUUUGGUGGAAAGAGACGAAGUGAAGGCUGAAGCUGUCCUGAGGAAGAUCAGGGGAGAAAGUGACGUCAAGGCUGAAUUAUUUCAGAUAAAAGAAUACGUAGGUAGUAAGUCUGACAACCAUAGUAAAUUAUCAGAAAUAUUUAAUGACAAGGCAACUAGAAGAGCACUCAUCAUUGGUUGUGGUUUGCUCGUUUUCCAGCAAUGCUCUGGAAUAGGCGUCUUGAUGAGCUUCGGUCAAUUGAUUUUCGAAGAAGUAAACGACUUUUUACCCAGUGACUUGAGCGCAAUAGUUUUAGGCUUCACACAGGUGACAUUCAGUUUUAUUGCUCCCCCUAUGACCGACAAAUUUGGAAGGAAAGUUGUUUUGAUUGUCUCACAUAUCGGAAUGUCUUUAUCUCUUGUGGUCUUCGGCAUAUAUUUCUUGAUGAAAGAGUUUGGGACUGUUCAUUCGAUAGCAUGGUUGCCUCUAACGGCUCUAGUAUUCUUCAAAUUCAUGUAUUGCGUAGGUGCUGGAACAGUGCCUUUAGUAAUAAUUGGGGAAAUUUUUCCUCAGAACAUCAAAGGAACAGCGUCAUCUAUAACAAAUAUAGCUUGUUCUGCAACUGCUAUGGUACUUUCUAAUUCUUACACACUUCUGAAGGUAUCAGUGGGAAUAGGUUAUACUUUCUGGAUUUUCGGUGCUACAGGUAUUUUCGCAACGAUAUUUAUUGCAUUAUAUGUGUUAGAAACAAAAGGAAAAACCUUGCAACAGAUCCAGGAAGAUCUUCGAAGGUCUAAAAAAUCAGUAAUAUAGCCCGACAAUUGUUAUAAACAUUUUCACCAUGUAUGCUGAAGGCUUUCACGGAUGAAAUGUUGUAAUAUAGUUACGUUAUUUGAGAAUUUCUAGCCUUGGUCUUAUCGAUUCAUCUUCUGACAUUUCACCCAAAACUGCAAUAGGCAAUUCCUUCAGAUCUCUACAAUCUACGACCUAUAGAAACUCCUCAGAUUCCUAGUGAAGUUGUUUGAUUUUUCUGCUCGAAUAAACUUUUCUUCGUUCUUUUACUCAAUAUUUCAAUCAAUACCAGUCUGCAAUGAGCAAUUUUUGAUUAUCAAAACGAUAAAUUUUCAUUGAAUUGUAUCCUGAAGUAUCAUUAAACACAUUACACAUGUAUCUUUUAUAUUAAAAGAAAAUUAACGAUAA